GUAGACCCUGAAUCGCUCGACUUCCAGUGGCAACCGUUCAUUAGACAUGAGACAUACUUGAAGGCUUUGGGCGAUCGUUCAAGACUCGAUCUCUACCAAGAUAUAUCUACUGGAGACGUAAUCGGAUCUGGCACAUCGCCAUUGGAACAAGAUACGCGCACAUUCACAUACUCGCAAUCUCCAGGUCAAAGCUAUAUCUCGGUCUCAGAUGAGAUAACGCGUCAAACAGGUAUCGAAAGAUAUACUUGCAGAGAAUCGCUGCACCCCAGUCCUUCGCUAGAUUCGCCCUUUCAGCAGCAGCGGCAGGAAAGUCUUUACGACAUGUUCUCGCCGAAGGCCACGUUUGCGCCAACUACUGGAAUAUAUCUAUCCCCUUUACAGGGUGCGCCUGUGAGCUCAGACGACGACAGCAUCGAUGUGGGCCGUCAAUCGCAGCUCUCUCCUGGCUAUAUGCUACGACUAAGGCGCCAACCAGAACAUUCCCUCGCCUUGUGACACUAUGUCGUAGGCCCGGAUAACUUUGAAGAGCUCGGUUAAGAAAUGCUUCUUGGUAUGAACGAGGAGGCAUCAGAAGGGUGACAAUUCGUGGUAUCAUGAAGGUCGUGCGUCGUGCGUAAGUCAGUGUGUUCUUCUCCCAGCGCAUGAGAGGAAGG